CUGGUAUUGUCUUGUGAAGACAGCACGUUGCCCACUCGCGCCGCUUGCCAUUGGAAGCCAUGGAGGGGAAGGAUGACGGACCAUCGUCCGAUGACAUUGCAAAGUGCGCAGCGGUUUUGCAGCAACUGUCAGCAGCAGACUUGCAGCAUCCUGAAUUGUCUCCAAUUCGAGAGGCUGGUUUGCCCUUGUUUCGGCGAUUGGUCCUGAAAGAGAAGUUUGGGUCAGAGGAAGUUUUGGAUUUCUUGAAGAAGAAAUCUGAUGUUCACCAGAUGACAGCCAAGCUUCAGCGCCUGCAUAGAGUUGUCAAAGACGAGCACGAUGCACGUCGGCAGAAGGCGGAGAGUUGCGGCAUGAACCUUCGCCGAAAGGCAGAUUUGGCUGCGAUCAAGGCUGAGAGUCAGAUGCCUGAUGAGCAAUGUGCUGAGCCACGGGCAGCUGAUGUUGACAGAAUGGCCAACACUCCUGUGGACAGCCUCUACUCAAACUGCAAUAUGUGUAGAGGCGAAUACAUCGAUCACCACCACUUCUAUCAUCAGCUUUGCCCGAGAUGUGCUGAACACAAUUGGGAGAAGCGCCACCAAAGUGCUGACAUGAGCGGCAUGGUUUGCGUGGUCACAGGCGGACGGGUGCGCAUUGGCUUCAGGAUUGUUCUUAAAUUACUCAGGGCUGGCGCGUUCGUGCUGACAACCACUCGUUACCCAAACGAUUGUGCUCUGAGAUUCUCACAGGAGAGCGAUUACGAAGUUUGGCGACAUCGGUUGGAGAUCUGUGGACCACUGGAGCUUUGUGACUUGCGGCUGGUGGAGCGCUUCUGCGAGCAACUUGCACGUCGCUUUCCACGAAUCCACGUCCUCAUCAACAAUGCGGCUCAAACUUUAACGCGGCGAGAAGGCUGGAAUAUCAGGAUGGCCAAGCUUGAAACCCAGGCUGCAUCACAGUUGCCUUCUGCAUCCCACGCUGCUAUUCGGCCGCCAGAGCAGGUUGCCGCGAUAGCGGCCCAACCUGCGCAGUCAAAAGAAGUCGUGCCACUUCCACAAGCCAAUGCAGCUUUGUGGAAAGAGGCGGCUGUUUUGAAGGACUUUCCAGAAGGAGAACUUGACGAAUCCCUUCAGCCCUUGGACCUCUCGUCAGUCAACAGCUGGUCCAGGCGUCUGGAAGAAGUUUCCACGGUGGAGCUGCUGCAAACCUUGGCCGCAAAUACAGCGGCUCCGUUCAUCAUGUGCAGCAAGCUUGCCAACGUGCUGGGGCCUAAAGAGGCUUCAGAAGCAUACGGGCAUGUGGUCAAUGUCAGUGCGCUGGAAGGAAAGUUCUCGGUGAAGAACAAGAGUCCAGGUCACCCCCACACAAACAUGGCCAAAGCAGCUCUCAACAUGAUGACGCACACCUCAUGCAAGGACAUGUUUCGACGGCGCAUUCUGAUGAAUUGUGUUGACACUGGCUGGGUGACGGACAUGGCGCCUGGAGGUGUGGGCUCAGUGGCUGCCACGCACGAGACAUGGGUCGGGCCUCCCCUAGAUGAGGAGGAUGGGGCAGCUCGUGUGCUGGACCCCGUGUUCAGCCAUUUGAAGGAUUGCACAUGGCUGCUGCGAGGCAGAUUCUUUAAGAGUCGCUGGUUGGUAAGCGUUCUGGAAGUUUAGAGCGUAAGACUCAUGCCAAGGCAGAGAUGCCUUGAGCUGCGCGUUUGUCGCAGCAUCGUGCAACAGAGCAGCGCUGUGCCAGAAUUCCUG